AUGCCGACGGCUGCAACGGAGAGAGCACUUCGUGGUCUCUGCAUCACCCCAUUUGUUGCGGUUCGCCUUUUCAAAACAUGUGCUCAGUUGCAAGAACUGCAGUACGGAGCGCUCUGUGCCAAGUUGAGAUCAGGGCGUCGCCUGCGCUCCUCCGGGCAGGACCGGAUCAGCGCCCUCCCAGACGACCUGCUUCGCCUCGUCCUCGCCCGCAUCGGCUACGCCCGCGCCGCCGCGCGCACAAGCGUCCUCUCCCGCCGGUGGCGCGGCCUCCUCCUACCAGGGCUCGUCCUCCGCGGCGUCGCGUUCCACAAGCUCGAAGCGGCGCUCGGCCGCGUGUCUCCCGAGCUCCGGGCCUCCCGCGUCAGCUCCUUGCUGCGCGCCGCCGUGCGGCUCGCGCCCGAGGAGUUCGUCCUCGCUCUACCGGUUGAAUCAACACGAAACACGUACGACGUCGAGCUGCCAAGCUUCCACCGUGCCACCUCGAUCGUGCUGGACGUGCUCUUCUUCUUUAAGGUGCCGGCCGGCGUCGAGUUCCCCGUGCUCGAGACGCUGUCCCUCACGGGCUGCAUGGUCGACCUCAAUGCAUUGCUCCCGUGCUGCCCGUGCCUGCGCGUACUCAGGAUCAAGCUGACCAAAUUUUGGACUAAAGGCAUGGACCUGACGGUCCACUCCGCGUCGCUGCAGGAGCUUGUCGUGAAGAACAAAUGGAUGCGCAAUGUCGACAUUGUCGCCCCGUCGCUUAAGCAACUGACGAUGUCCAUGAUCUCUUACAUUGAUAAGAACAUCUCCGUCAUGGCACCAAUGAUGGAGAAGGUCUCGUGGCAGUGCUUGUAUGGCAGGGUGUCUGGUGUACGUGAAGCUUGUUUUGGUCUUUGGUGCCUCGAUAAGUUGCGGCUACAAACGGCUGAGAGACAAGGACAGCCCACUUCAUUACACAUUCAUGCCUAUACCGACAAAAGAUCGUAUAGGCUUCUCAACAAAGUGGACAGCUGCGCUAUUCAGAAGCAUAUCGUUGAUGCAUUCUCUGUUUUGGAGCUACAUCUUGAAACAGCUGGGCAUGUUUUCGGAGCUUUCGUGUUUCAUCUCAUUGAGAUGAACUGCAUUCAUAGUGCUAUGCAGAGGCUUAAGGUCGUCUUACAGAGAUCAAUGAAAGAUGCCUGA